AAUUGACCAAUUUUUAUUUAUAAAAUAAACCAUUAUUGUCUCCUCUCCAAAUCAGUACAUUGCUAUAUAUAAUCUCCUCUCCACAACAUUAUUUUCCAUCAAAAAUACGUUUCUCACAUUAACAUUUAUAUCAAACGCAGAAAAUUAUCAUACAAUAUGGUGAAGCAAGAACGUAAGAUCCAAGUUACCACUUCCUCAUCGUCACUGUCUCAGUCUUCUUCUACUUCUUCCUCCUCGUUGACAUUGCAGCAUCAAUCUUAUAAGAACAAGAUAAAGAAAUACAAAGGAGUAAGAAUGAGAAGCUGGGGAUCAUGGGUCUCUGAGAUUAGGGCACCAAAUCAAAAGACAAGAAUCUGGUUAGGUUCUUACUCAACCGCAGAAGCAGCUGCUAGGGCUUACGAUGCUGCUCUCUUGUGUCUUAAAGGCCCUAAAGCCAAUCUCAACUUCAAUACUACUUCUCAGUUUCUUAUUGACAUCGAUGAAAAGACUCCUUUGUCCCCCAAAUCCAUCCAAAAAGUCGCUGCUCAAGCAGCUAACUCCAUCUCUUCUGACGCUUUUACCCCUGCCUCUUCCUCCAUUGAUGAUCAUCAUGAUGAUGUUCUUCAAAACCAUCCAUCUCCUUCUUCUUCUUCUUCAGCAGCGUCUUCUCCGCAAGAGGACCAUCAUAAUGAUGAUGAUGAUUUGGUAUCGUUAAUGGCAUCAUUCGUGGAUCCAUCAUGGUAUGAUCAUAAUGAGAUGUUCUUCAGCAACGGAGCUUUUGAUUAUUCUCCACAAUUAAUCAGCUCGAAGACAACGAUGGAUGACUUCUACGACGAUGCUGAUAUUCAGCUAUGGAGUUUCAGUUGAUCGCACGGUCCAUAUUAUUCUACGAAACACUUUCAUUUCACAUUAUUUCAUUCAAUUUAUUCUUUUAAAUCUAUCAAUUAUCUUUCCUCGUUGUUGCUUUCUUCAAGUUGCUUUGUUGCUCGAAACGAAUUAACAUGUAAUUUUAAAUAUAUAUCAAAUAUACACACACUAAUUUAAGUCGAUCACAUGAAGAAGAGGUCUUUUUGUCACUUCUUGACUUUUUCAUGUUUCUUUUUGAGUUAUUUUGUAGCACAUAUAAUGGAGCCCCCACUCAAUAAGAGAGUUGUAACUUUUAUAAGUAGUUAUGUAAUUAAGUAGUACUUUACUAUUUACAUUUUUUUUUGUCGACA